AGCCAAUCAAAAUAGGAAGAGGGGAAGGGCGGCGAGUUUGGUUGUCUUUGGUUUUAGUGUUGAUUAUGUCAUGGGAUUGUUUCGAUUGUUUGAAGGAUAUAAUCUGUACUCAAUGGGCGUUAGUUACUUUAGUGCUUUUGUUGUUCGCAGUCUACAUAACCCCAAAAGUUCUGGUUAUUGUUCUAACGGCAUUUCUUAGUAAAUUUAUUCCAUGUAUCCUCACCGUUCAAAGGUUUGGAUUUAUUUGGGCACGUGGAGUUACUCUCACUUUCAUAAACGGAGAGUGCAUGUAUGUGGAUUCUAUAUAUUUUAGCAGUAGCUUAUGGAAUCCUAAAGCUAAGACUUUGUUGUCUGCUUGGAUAAAUGGUGCUGAGUUUUGUGUGACUGACACCGGUCUUUAUGGUAUUAUCAAAUUAAUGCAGCGCAAAGGUGACGGCAUCAGAACCCGUCUGAAUAAAGGCUUCAUGUCAUGGAAAAUAAGACUGGUUUCGUUCAUUUCAAUUGAUGUAUCAUCCAUACAAAUAGUGGUAUUAUCGACUACAUUUCUGGAUGAUGCUUUAUAUUUGAAUUAUAAAAAGACUGAGGAUGGUGCACUCAAUAAUAACAGUAAUAGAUCUGCCUGUCAUCAUUGCUUAAUUCGUAUCAAUGAUUUAAGUGAUGUUCACCAACCUAUUCAAUUUAAUCGUCAAACAAGCUUCCGUUUGAAUAAAACUAGUAAAUUGGCUUUAACUCUACGAAUGACAAAGUUAACAAUGUUAUUUCAUAUCAGUAUGAGACAGGCUCAUGUAAAUCUACAUGUAUCCCAUAUUUGUGGAAAGUUACUAUGUAUACCUGUGUUCAUGGAAACUUGGUUAAGUGAUGAUUUAUUCAAUAAAAAUUGGAAUGUUAUCUUUGAAAACGCUCACAUAUUGGGUCAUCUUCGUUUACAAUUGUCCACUAAUAUUUCAUUGGAAUGCCGAAAUUUCAAUAAUGCAACACUGUCAUCAUUAAAUGGUUGGUUCGUAAAAUCGGUCGAUUUAAAAUUGUACGGACUACGUACUGUAAUUUUAGAAGAGCUUAUAGAUUUGUUGAGUUGGAAACUUUAUACAAAUCAAACAUCUAUCUUAACCACACAAACGUCAUCGCUUACAUCAACAUGUCCUCAUUGUCAUCAGUUUACCAUUAAGCAUCAAGAGGAUACUUUACAAAUUCUGGAGCAUUCAUCAUUUCCUUUUAAAAAUAAUAAAUCUUGUUAUUUAAAACAAACAUCGGAGAAUAUUAUGUCUGAUAAUUCAUUAAAAUCAAAUUUUCAAUGUGUUCAACAAUAUUUGAAUUCCAUAAAAUUAUACAUUUCGUUUUUACCGUUACAAUUAUUCAAUUUCAAUCAUAAUCAUCAUUUUGAACAGAUACAACCACAAUUCUCCUCCUCCUUAUCAUCAUCAUUAACAAGUUCAGUUGUACCUGAGAUGGGAUUCUAUUUUGAAAUAAUUAGAUAUUCAUUUAAAAGAAGUCUCCAAUUCUAUUUCACUUCGUCUCAUUUAUCUAUGGAAUUCAAUGUGCCUAAUUCUCUAAAAUGUAGUCAAGAUGCUGAAACACUUCAGACGACAUCUGAUUUUUACACAUCAUUACAUUCAUUAUCUUUACCAAUAUCACGAAUAAUUCCAUCAAAUCUGUUGAAUGAUGAUAAUAUUGACAGUAAAAUUCUAUUUAAUCAUUUUAUUUUAUUAAAUUUUCGAUUUUGUUUGAAUAAUUUACGCUUAUUAAAUGGUUGGAAUUCACAGGCUAAGCAUUGUUUAUUAGAUGCUAGGAUAUAUUUAAUAGAAGCAACCGAGCAACUCGAAUCAUCUAUUUGUAAUCUUUAUUUGAAUAUUUUACAUUCAUCAAUAUUUUAUAUACAUGAUAAUAUAGUCGAAAUGAAUUUUUAUAGAAAAUUAUCAUCUAUCUGUUAUUUGUUUGGAAUAUGGUGUAAAACAUUGUAUGAAAAUCGUAAUUCUAUUAAUAAUCAUUCAAUUAUGUCUAUAACCAAUAUUGAAUUACAUAAUUAUCCAAAGAAGAAUACAGAUCUAAAACAGUUUAAUUUUAUGGCACAAGAAAGCUUGUCUAGAAGAAAGUUCUUUCGAUUAAUUGAGUAUCUUGGUUUGAAUACACGUCAGUUAAAUGUACGUAUUUACUUUGGUGAUGGUGGUGGUUCUCGUAUUACAGUACGUAACAAUAACAUCAAUACUGGUAGUACUAGUAUUAUUCAUCAUAAUGCAGAAGAAUCUGGAGCAUCUGACAGUACUAUCAGUGAUCAUAAUUCUGGCGGUGGUGUUAUUACUACAGAUUGUAAAUCAUUGAAUUGUACUGAUGAUUUUAAUACAGAACAACGCUAUCCUGAUCAUAAUCAGAUUGGAAUGAUGGGAAAAUUGAAAAGUAGAAGAAUCCCAAAAAUUUUACUUGUACUCAUUCCUCAUUUAAAGUCACCUGGAUUACAAUUUGGUUUUACAAAUUCUCUUGUAAAUCUUCAAUUUGAUUUUCAUGAAUUAAAUCUGAAAAAAUCAUUUGAUUUGUUGAAUGUAACCGAUUUAAAUUUAACGCUAUCGAAUUUUCAUGUUUGUUUAUUGGAUAAAAUUCAUGAAUCUAUUGUUAGUGGGACAGAUACUUCACAGGCACCGUCAUCAUCAUUAUCCUGUUUACAUAGUCUUUAUUCUAUUCGUUGUAAUCAGUCCACUGUUAUUUAUUCAUUAAUACAUGAAUUGCCUACUUUAAAUAAUCAUCAUUGGGAUGACCUGUUCUAUGUACAUGGAAUCGAUAUUUGGAAUCACAAAUAUCAAAUUAGUUUAAAAUCCACCAUAUUGCAAAUGGAAUGGCCAUCAUUUAAAAUGAAUGAAUUAAUUAAUUAUAUACAUGAGAAUGUUUAUCAGUGUUAUAAUAAUCAUGUCAAGAAAUUGUCAACAAAUCGAUGCUCUUCAAUUCAGUGUUAUUUUACAGAAAAUUACCUGAAUAAUCCAAUUCAUUUUGAUGGAUUUUUAGAGAAUAUCAACAUUUUUUUAAUAAACAGUAAUAAUUCAUUUCUUAUGCUACGUGUAGAUAGUCAACGCUUCAUUGCACAAUUUCGUUCAAUUAAUCCUAUGUAUCAACCAUUGAAAUUAGACAGCCUAUCACAGAUCACUAUAACUGGAACUAAAUUAGUUUACAGUUGUAAUAAGACACUGGACAAUAGUAUGGAUACUGUAUCUUGCUGUUCGUCAACAUCAGCGUCAUUAUCCUCAACUUCAUCACCAUGUCGUUAUGCAAUACUGUCUAGUUGCCAUAUAAAAAAAGAUCUAGUUUUGUCAUUACCUGAAAUUCAUGUUGAUGUUAAAUUGCCCGAACGAUCUAUUGAAAUUUCACCAAAUAAUCAAUCGUGUGAAUUCAUCUGGUCAUUAGGAUUUCAUUUGUGCUAUUAUAAUUUAUUACAUUCUUGGAAACAAUUCCAUAGGAAGUUGUUCAAACAGUUCAGUACUGUAUCAUUCAAUAAUUCAUCAAAUACUAGUGGCCAAUUGUUAGUCCCUGCAAUCAACAAUACUACUGCUGCUAAUACUGUUAAACUAAAUAGUAGUAAUGGUUGGCAUUUCAGCAUAAAACCAAUUCAGUCAUACUUUCAAUUCCAUUUUAAACUAUUAACAAGUAAAAAUUUUAUCAUAGUACGUGUAAAAAAUACCUCAUUUCAAUAUAAUUCAAAGACAACUACUACUGACAGUAACAUUAGCAGUAGUAAUGGCAGCAAAAACAGAGAAGUUUUGUUAACGAAUAAUACUAAUAUGGAUGAUGAUCACAAAAAAAAUGAUAUCGGUUGUAUUGUUUCUAGUCGAUUGAAAGUGAAUUGUGAGCAUGCAGUGAUUAUGUGUGAAGAUCAAACAAUCGCUGUAUUUCAGAAUUUAAAAAUACGUCAAAGACCAGAAAAUAUUCAACAUCGUACAGAACAUUUAAAAAUGGGUUUACUUACUCGAGCCAAUCCUUCUUGGGAAUUUUAUAUGGAUCUAUUUUACGUUACAUUUCCAUAUCGAUAUAUAUUUCGUGAUAUUUAUCAAGAGGCAUCAUGUGUCAGGAAGUUCUUACUUAAACUACACUCUGGUAAUAUUACAUAUUUUCAUGUAAACGAUUACAUUUUUGAUCAAUCUUCGCCAACAUUUAUACAAUCAUCACCAUCGAAGUUUGAAAUAUCUUCAUCGUCAACUGCUCGAAAAGAUUUUAUACAACCGUCAACAUCAUAUGUAAAACAGGAUAGGAUUAUUCAUAUCAAAAAAUUCAUUAUUGAAAUUAAAGAUGAUCCAUUCGAAUGUAAAUUAAACGAUAUUCAUACUAUUUUGUUGGAUGAAUUCGCUAUUCACGAGAAACGUGUAAAUACACUACGUGAACAGUUUAACAGAGCGAUUCAUUCAGGCAUACGUGUUACCGAUGAAGAACGUCAAGCAUGUUUCAAUCGUAUAGAAAUACAGCGUGCUCAAGAUUACCGUAAUCGUUUACAUCGUUUCUAUCGUGAUUAUGCUUUUUCCGAUGAAUUAUUCACAUUUACUAUGGAUAAUCUAAAAAUCAAAGCAUUAGCUGAUGAAAGUAUUACACAUGGUGAACAAGUCGUAGCACAAAUGAAAAUUAUGGAUAGUGACAGUCCAUGGCCAAAUCUUACUGAACAAGAUUUUUCUACUUUAUGGUGUCGUAUUAUUACAAUGAAUGUUGAACGAUGGCGCUUUCAUCUACGUGAUUAUCCUAAACCAUGUUUGAAUAUAACCGAUCUUUUUCUAUGGGGUAAAUUAGUUGUAGCUGAACAGUUGGCUGAUAGUAAAGGUCAGCGUAAAGUUCCUAUUGAACCUGGUUAUCCGUGGCCAAAUUAUACACUGAUUCGAUCCAGUUCACCAACUAAAUUCUAUUAUGAUUUAAAUGCAGAUGUAAAAUCUUUUCAUAUAUGUUAUGGUGCUAAUUGGGAACCAACUGUAUCAUGGUUUAAUCAACGUUUAGAUGAUAUUAAACCAUUAACAAAAGACAAAUCUUAUCCACCAUUAGGUUGGUGGGAUAAAAUACGUUUACUAUUUCAUGGUCAUUUGUUAUUUGCUGUUGAUACAAUGCAUUGGUCAUAUUCAACAAGUUUAAGUCCAUAUAAUACAACGGAAUUUUUCACAUGGCAAUGGAAUCGUACUGUUGUGCAUUGGGAAAAUGGUGUUAUAAGAAUUGAUGGUGAUUUAGAUUUGGUCUAUCAAACUGCAUCAAAAUAUGAUGGAUUAUGUCGAUUAUUUCAUAUACCACAUUUAGAAAUGACAGUGAAAUUAGACUGGUUGUCAUUACGUGAUCCAAAUGAUCACCACUCAGUGAAAUAUUGUUGUACGGACUGUCUAACAACAAAGGAACAAACUCAGCACGAUUCCUUCAAAUACUUUCGGGCGAAUCGUUUAGCUAUGGAUAUUAACUUCACCGUGAAACCACCUCCAACUGGAUCAUCUACUAUGGAUCAAAGACCUUGGUGUUCAUUCUAUACAAGUGUAUUGAAAUUUGCUGAUAAACUACGGAAUUGUCUGUCACAAAUUCCUCGUCCUAUUCGUCGUGGUUCUUUAUAUCAAUAUAAGCCACCAAGAAAGCCACAUUUUGGACGUCUACUUCAAUCAUUAGAAUUUAGUAUUAACAUGCCCCAAUUAGAAAUCAUCUUUUGGGUCUCCUAUGCUAAACGUACUGGUGUUCAUGUUACUACUGGACCAAUACAAAUUAUUGGCAAAUUAAAAUGUAAAAUAGAAAAUGAGGUUAAAUUUAAUCGAUUAAUUGGAAAAUUGAACACUUCAUUAGCCUCAUCGUCUACGUCUAUAAUCGUAUCAGGAGGUGAAUCAAUCCCAUUAGAUACUACCACUACAUCUAAUCUCAAUGAACAAACAACUAUUCUACAUCCAUAUGUAAUGAUUCCACCAAAAUUAUCAAUCCAACGUAAUGGUUUAUCAAGACGUCCCAUUGUUAAUUGGAGUGUUUUAAAUUUAUUCGCUAGUGUACAUGAUAUUGCAAUACAUUUAAGACAUAGAGAUAAUCUUCCUGGUCCUUUAAUUCAAAUGUUAUUACAGUGUAUGAAUACACAUCAGAAUUGUACUAAUGAUAUUAGUAGCAAUCAUCAGUUAAACCAUCAUAAUUUCAGCAUUCAUGACAUAGAACAACUGGAUACUAAAGAAAUGAAUAAUGAUACUGAAGCAUUUAUUCUAGUCCCAUUAUUACGUUAUCAACAACUUUGUCCAACUGUUCUCCCGUCAAAUAUAGCUGUACGUGUGCAUAUACCUGGACCACGAUCUACUACAAUGACAUCUGUUACCAAAUCUACAACUAAUACUACUAUCAAAGAAAAUAGUAAUAUUUAUAACAAUAGUUCUGGAAAUACUAAUCUCAGUCCUUCUAGCAUUGAAUGUCAUCUAGUUGAAUCCAUAAAGAAUAAUACACCUAUCAAUUCUACGUCUACAAUUACUGAGAAUAUAAGUGCGGAUGUUACAUCCACAUCACAUGUUGAUGAUGAGAAAAAAUUGCCAUUCAGUCAUAAUAAUAACAACCGUACUACUCAUAAUAAUACUAAUCAUAUACCAACCCCUAGGUAUAACUCUACUGCUACACCCUGCAGUACUAACAAUCAGAUGACACAUGAAGAUCUCACUCCUGUUCAUCAUCUUGAAAUACAUGAAUUUAAAAUGCGAUGGACAGAACAACAUAGGAAUCUUGUUUACAUUCUAAUGGAUAGUUAUCGACAUGCUCAAUCGUUGAAAAAGAAUUUAUCAGCUCGUGCACUACAUGGAUUCAGAUUACAUCCUGGCGGUAGUAGUAAUGGUCAUACAACAACAAUGACAAGUGGUGGCGGUGGCACAGCUCUUAGUCGAAAUGCUCGUAGUGCGAUUCAAUUAACAAACAGUGUUAAUAAUAAUGGUUGUAAAUUAUUAAACUCUACGGAUAAACGUCCAUUAUCUACUGUUAUUCAACAAACUGAGUUAUGUCAUUUAUCUAAAUCGACUAAAUCAAAUUAUAAUGAUAAUUAUCUUCUGACGAAAAUGCCUACAAAUGAUGAAGUGUUACCAGAUAAUAUCGACAUGUCAUCAAAUGCUGUGACUAUGGUGACGGCGACAACAACAAAUAAUAACUCAGAAAUGGAGGAAAAUAAUUAUGAUCAUGUAUAUUUGUCAGCAAACUCAUCACCACCGUCUGAGUCGAAUAAAACGAAGUUAACAUUUUUUAAACAGAUACCAAUGUUGGCGCAGUUAUUAGAGGAAGUAGAUACAGCACGUUUUUAUGCUUAUUGUGAAGAAGAACCCAAACAAACUGAUGUAGUAUCACAACUACAAGGUUUACAUAUUUGUGCGUCUAGUUUAGUUGCUGAACGUAAUUGGCAUUUGGAAUUAAUCAAUCCUCAAUUAAUGUUAAAAACAAAUCAUUUAGCCGGUUAUGUCUUAGUGUCCGCAGCCAGAGCCAAGUUGGAUGCGUUAACUCAUCCGCCGAUAUGGAAAGAUUCACAAUUGUUGAAUAAAUCUAGUUUAGUUGGACAUUUGGAAUGUAUGCAAUAUUAUGCUACUGUUGGACAAGUUCUUCCAGAAACACCUGAUCAAUGGUUAUCUACAGCUGAUGUUAGUGAUUGGACUCAUCAUAAUUUAAAUGCUGAUGAAGAUGCAUUAAGUGGACGACCUGAAGUAGUAGGUUGUGGUAGAUCCGUCGGUGGUGUAGUUACAGCAUGUGUUGGUUUUCCAAAAACACCUUCAAACAACAAUAAUAAUAUUAGUAACAAUAAGAAUUCAUUAACUCGAACAAGUACAUUGACCUUUGGUACAAAACUAAUGAGUAAUGAUGCGACACUCAAAAAUAAUGUUACUUUAACUUCUAUAAUGACUACAACCACACCAACUACUACUACAAUCACUAGUUCUACUUCUAAACUCCAUACGGAUAAUAUUCGUCCUAUUCAACUACAACGUAUGAUAUCUCGUUGUUCAUGUGAAGUAUUUUAUAUACAUUAUGAACCUGCUGAUCCAGCGAAUUUACCACUUCCACAUCUUAUCCCACCAUUAUCACUAGAUGAAACAGAAGUUGUUCGUAAUCCAGAAGGAGCUGACACAGUCACUUUAUUGCAUCACACGCUAAAUGUUUCCACAAAUUCUCUCCAAUAUCAUAUGAUUGUAGAAAUUGUGAACGAUCUUCUGUUGUAUAUUGAACCACAAAGAAAGGCUAAAUUGGAACGUAAUCGUUUGACAUUCGGUUUAAUGUCGGAAUCACAAGUUCGUUUAGCUAUAUUACGUGAUCAAGAAACUUUACGUCGUUUGAUCUCUGAACAACGUCAGCUGGAACGUUAUUUAUGGUCAUACGUUAGACAAACUAUGCAAGAACUAGGCUUAAAUGCCAAUAAUACAUUAAUUAAUCAUUCAUAUCCUACAGCUUUUUAUCACUCUCCUACUACUGACAGUAGUAACAAUGUUACAUCGCGAACAUCAAAUUUAACUCUGAAAUUAGUCGAUUGCAUACAAAGUGCUCGUCAAUUGGAAACUCAAAUUAAUCAAUUGAAAUCUCGUAUUAUUGAUUUAAAUGGUAUACUAUCACAGCGUUUAGGGCAUUAUCAACAAUUACAAAUACAAAUUCAACGUCGACAUAUACGUAAAGCAAUGUCAUUUCGACGUUAUCAUCCAACAAAUAAAUCAUCAGCAUGUUCAUCAUUAUUAUCAUUUAAUAAUGAGACUUUAUCAUCAAUUACAAAUUGUAAUAAUGUUAGUUUAGUACAAAAAACAUCGAAUGAUGAUUUUAAUCGAAUUAUUCAAACCAACAAUAUUGAAUCGGAAACUUAUAUACAAAAUAGAAUAAAUUUACAUCGUGCAUCUUCUAUAGACUAUUUGACUCAUCCUAUUACGAACACUAUGAAUAAUAAUAAUACUGAAACUGUCAUAUCAGAAAGUGGUAAUAAGUCAUUGUUAUCAUCGUCAUUUAUGGAUGGUGGUGAUAGUAAACCAGCAGAAAUUGUUCGACGAAGUGAGGUGUGUUUUGAGCAUGCAAGAUGGCGUAUGACUGAAAAUGAUGGACAAAUAGGUUUAGCUGAUGUGGAACUACGUGGUUUUAUUUAUACAAAAACACAUCGUCAAGAUGAUUCUGGUUCACAUCGUUUAGAAUUAGGUUGGAUACGUGUUUGUAGUUUGGCACCGAAUUCAUUUUAUCGAGAAGUUUUAGCUCCUGAUGUAUCUGGUGGUCGUUAUGCUGGUGGUCCAAUUCUACGUAUUGCUUGUUCUGAUUUAGCUCCAGUCGGUGGAAUAUCUGUGAAAGAAGCGAUGGAAAUCAGUGUUGCACCAAUUUUAUUACAGAUGAGUAAGCAAUUCUAUAGGAUUAUGAUGCCUUUCUUUUUUCCUGAAAAAACUGAAGAUACUGCUACUACUAAUACUGUCACCGCUACCCCUGUUCAUACUGUAAAUGUAGCAAACCCAAUAGGAGACGGCAUUAAUUCAUCUGCAUUUACUAGUCAUCCGUUUUUUAUUCCACAAGACAAUGUUGGGAGUAGUAGUGGUAUCGGUAGUGUUGCAUUUCAUUAUCUUGAUUCGAAUCUCUCUACAAAUCCAAAUAAUCUACGUUACUCAUCAGAGAAUAUCGGUUUACCAAGUAAAUCAUGGCUACGACGUUAUCUAUCCCGAUAUUUACCUCAUCGUUUAAAGAAUGAGAGCGAAUCAUUACCAUCAGUUUCAUCAUCAUUACCACAACCAUUAAAUGUUAUCUAUAAAUCUCAUCAAUCAGAUAUUUUAGAAAACAUAUCGUCAGAUUUAUCUAUGCCGAUUGUUGUUUCAACUGCGGCUACAACAGUAACACUUACUUCGUCGUUGUUUUCGCCAGCAUCAGUGUACAUUCCAUCAAAUAAUUUAACAAUCGAAGCUGCUAUAUCUGGACGAAAUUAUUGUAGUGUCAAUGAUGAUUGGAAUGCAUUGAGUAAUAAUGCAACGGGAUCAGGGACUGAAACAACAGUAGCAUCGUCACUAUCGCUUACGUCUUCUUUUGCCACAACGUCUAAAUUAUUACAAAUGAUGAAUAUGCGCACGAAGUUACCCAUAACCGAUUAUAUACGGAGCCAAAACGAAUUGGAAUUUCCCAAUCUUUUCCACACGAAUGUAUCUGACGUUAAAUCAUCAUUAUCACAUAAUCAUAAAUCUAAUGAAUGUUUUUCAAUACCAUUGACACAUUAUUCAAAUUACAACGAUACUACUACUGAUAAUUUUAUCAUGUUAAUGCAACAACCAUCGAUAUGUUUACAACAAUUAUUACCUGUAAACAAUAUAUGCACAUAUUGUAAAUCGAUUCAUUCAACCUCUAGUAAUCAUCUUCAUUCUUUGAAUAUGUCAUGGUAUAAUCCAAUGAAUUAUGGAUCUCUACCAACGGAUCAAAUAACAUCAGUUAAUCAAAUCGCUAUGCAUCAUUCAAAGCAUAAUAUUAACAACACAAAUAUACCAUUGAAUCCAGUUGAUGUGAUGCAGGAAAGAGCUCGUCAAAACAAAGUAUUUCUAUACAUUAAAAUUCCUGGUUUUCCAAUACGAUUAAGUUAUAAGGGUGAAAAACAAAAAAAUAUCACUGAUGUAACACGUUUUGAAUUGUUUAUUCCAACACUGGAAUAUCAUAAUUGUGUUUGGACGUGGUUAGAUUUUGUGAUGGAAGUAAAAACGCGUAUACGUAAACAACUUGUUCGUGAAGUGAUAAAGAAAAAACUUACACCUCGACGACGUUUACCACUUCUACGUAUCUCUGGUACCAGUAACAGCAAUAAUGAUAAUAAUAGUAAUAUUUCUGCUAGUAGUAGUACUGAUUCUAAACCACACGAGUUAACAACAUCAAAUAUUCUGUUAUCAUCUGUCAACCGACUCAGUUCACUGACUCCUUCCGCUGUUACUAGCGGUCGUGCUGAUUCAACGAUACAUUCACCUGAUGUCGAUGAUGAUGAUGACCUAGUCGAUCCAACAACUGUUGCUGCACAAGAAGAAAAAGCUCAACGUGAUUUGGAAAUGAUAUUAGGUCGUCAUGCUCAAAUACAACCUAACAAGACGGGGAAACGAAAACGUUUCAAAUCGAAACCAUACUAAUUAUAUUUUCUCUUAUUGAAAUGCUAACUUCAUUUUGUUUGUUUUUACGAUGGAUGGCUUGUAUUUUUCCACGAUUGCUUCGUGUUAACAAUAAAAUUGAUGGUUAGACUUUUUCAAAUUUCUAUGUAUCUAAAAUGUGCACAAUCUUUCUUUUAUCACCAAGUAAAUUCAUUUUUAUCUUCUUCAUUUUUAUUUUCUUUAGUUGAUUUUCUGACAAAAAUGUUCCUUGUGAAUUAUUUAC